ACUUUUAUCAUAUAACUUUGCUAUAGUUUAAUUCAUUUAUUUACAGUUUUCUUAGUUACAAAAACCUUUGUUGGGUUGUUAAAAACACAUACUAUUUUCUUUUAAUCGUGUGCGUGUAAAAUCUUGUAUUAAAGACCAAUAUAUUAAUGGGCCCUAUUUAAAAACCCAAUAAGCUACUGAUUAGUAGUGUAUGUGUGGAUGAUUCUCCACCACCUCAAGAAAAGGAGAGACGUAGCUCAGUUCGCACAAGAAAGGAUCCUGAGCUACGAUGUGGACCGUGAUACCGGCGUCGAUCCCGGUUCAGCCUUCCAGGGGACUAACCGGAUCAAACUCCGUCGGCUAUUCGCAUCCUCCGCCACGUAAUGGCGACGGGAUUCACCGUCGUAACAUCCCGAGGAAAUCACAAACAUCCGAAUCAGAGUCCGUCGGUGGUUUAGGCCAACGAAUCCUCCUCCGGUCCGAAGCAUCGAACCCGAACAAACCGGUUCCAAAGGAGAAGGAGAUUAGUGGAUCAGACGUGCUCUUGGCGAUUCAGAGAGCGACAGCUCAGAGAAAGAGAUCGACCGCCGAUAAAAGCAAGAAGACGAAGAUAGGAGGUGUGGAGCUGUCAUCCACUGCGGGAGAGUCCACCGGAGAUAACGGUGUUGAUUACAGUAACGUGAGGUCGUUGAUGGUCAAGAACGAUUGGGGACACAGAUUAGACGAGUUCGAGAAGCUUCUCAAAGAGUUUCAAGACAUGGAGCUUUGACAAACAUUCAGUUGUAAUAUUUUCUUCGACGAUAGUACUAUGAAACAAUUAUUGUACGACCAACCACAACGAAGUUAUUUUAUUACAGUACAGGAAGUUAUUUUUUUUUGUCAA